CUAAAUUCGAACCUCGAGAUUGAAAUAUCUCCAUACAACCACAAACCCACAAUGUUGCGACCGAGAUUACGGAUACCGAGGGCAAGCCGACCAUGGCGCCCAGCAAUAUCCUCACGCCAAAUACACUUCGUUCCAGCUCUACGACAAUUCAACCCCGAUGAAGGAGUUCCAGGUUUAUUAUCAUCAGGAGGCUUCGAUCUAGCAUGGACCCAAUACAUGGCUUUCGUUAUGGAAAAGCUUAAUAUCAUGAUAGCUGAGGAUGACCUCGGACAACAAGACCCCCUAUCUAUCGUCAAAGCGACCGCCCGCGAGCCUUCACAGGCACACAUCUUCAACUAUGCUUCCAUGGCAUACAACAACCACUUCUUCUUCGAGAACAUCGCGAGAGUGGAACAAGAACCCGGCGCACCUACGGGAGCAGACAGGAUCCCGGAGAAGCUAAAAGAGGAGUUCACGAGACAUUUCAGCUCGGUGGAGACGCUACGGCGCGAGUUCCUGUCGACGGCGGUAGGCAUGUUCGGCCCGGGCUUCGUCUGGCUCGUCAAAGUCGCACAGUCGGACCAGCUGCGCAUCCUGCCGACGUACCUCGCCGGCACCCCGUUCACGGCCGCGCAUUGGCGACGCCAGGGCGUGGACAUGAAUACGCAGGGCCCCGCCUCCCGCGAGGUCGUCGACAGCUGGAUGAGCCGCGCGCAGACCGGUGCCGGCGCCAACGUCGGGUCCAGGUUCGUCGACCCGAACCUUGCGGCUCCGGGCGGCACAGACGUCAUUCCGCUCUUGUGUCUGAAUACGUGGGAGCAUGUCUGGCUGCGCGAUUAUGGUGUUGGUGCGAAUAAUCAGGGCGGCAAGAGGCAGUAUGUUAUGAAUUGGUGGGAGGUUAUUGAUUGGGAUAAGGUUGAGGAUCGUGCGAAUUUGAGGAAGGUGGCGUUUAAGACUUAGAUGUGGAUAGGUAUGUGUAUACUGUGUCUAUGUAUCUAGGUAGGUAGGUGGGUAGGUAGGAUGGUAUGUACAUGUCUAAGAAGGCUGGAAGGCUGGCUACCUACCUACCUGCCCGCCCGCCCGCUUGGUCUGGUGUAUGAUAUGGACUCGACUCAAUUCCCUUGCAGAUAGCUAGCUGGGUAUCUACAUAGACGGCUGGCGAGGCUAUGCUGGGCUAGGGAGGGCUAUGUGCUAUAUAUACCAAAUUUGUAAAUUAUGCUCUUGGUGAUAUGGAUGUGAUUUUGUAUUUCUGGGUUCUGGGUUGAGAAUAAUAUCGUAGGUAUUUGCCUAGUAAGUUAUAGGGUUUCUUGGUAUGGCU